CGCCCCCCCAACAGUGGGGAUGGGUUGAGGAGGUGAUCUGUGAAAUCAGCCCUCUUAUUUGCCUACCCUCUCCCAGCUAUGGGGUUGUGGCUCCCAGGAUGUCCUCCUCCCCAGAGGGAGAGCCAGAGGUGUCCCUUGUCCCCCAGGGACAGAUCUGUCCAUUGUUUGCCCCCCAACGCCCAGCCGUGGGGUGAGUAACACAAGGCAUGGCCUCCCCAUCUGUAAUCCUGGGCUCCCCAGCUCCCCAGAAAGGGUCCCCACCAUUGUUUCUUCACCUGCCUCCCUACCUCCAGCCACGGGGCUGGUAUUCAGGAUGAGGUCCUGACACUCAUCCUCAUACCCCAGCCAUGUGGUCACUCAUUCCAGAAUCUCCCCUUCCUAGGAGAUGUCAAGGGGUCCCCCUGCAGCCCCAAAGGCCUCCCAGGUAUUAUUUAUGGCCGCCCCGAGCUGGCGGUUGGAAUUCAAGAUCUUCCAUCCAGUUGGGCAAACGGACCCAAGCUUCCUACCAGAGGAGCCCAGGAUGGAGAGAGGGGCCGAGCCGUGGAGUUGGGGACCGGACACCCCGAGUGCCGGGUCCCCUGACUUCCAUCCAGAUCCUGCCGCCGGAGCAGCCGGCACUUCCACGCCUGGGAUGCGGCGCUCGGUGCUGGUCAGGAAUCCAGGCCACAAAGGCCGGAAAGUGACUUAUGAAGAGCGUGACUCCGGCUCAGAAGACCUGGACCCCAAUCCAGAAGAGCUGGACCCAGUUUCUGAAGACCCAGAGCCUGACCAGGAAGACCUCAACACUGUCUCUGAAGACGUGGACCCCAGCUACGAAGAUCUGGAGCCCGUCUCCGACGAUCUGGACCCCGAUGCCGAAGCUCCGAGCUCCAUCUCGGGGACCCGUGACUCGGAUCGCCAAGAUCUUGACCCCAUGUCUUCGAGUUUCGACCUCGAUCCAGACGUCAUCGGCCCUGUCCCCCUCGUUCUCGACCCUAACAGCGACACCCUCAGCCCCGCCGCCGCCCCAGACCUGGACCCCCUCUCCUCCGGCCUCACCGCCACCCCCGAGGUCCUGGCCACCAGCCCCGCGGGGCUGCCUGCACCUGCCAGCCCGCCCCGGCCCUUCUCCUGCCCCGAUUGCGGGCGCGCCUUCCGCCGCAGCUCGGGGCUGAGCCAGCACCGGCGCACCCACAGCGGCGAGAAGCCGUACCGCUGCCCCGACUGCGGCAAGUCGUUCAGCCACGGCGCCACGCUGGCGCAGCACCGCGGCAUCCACACGGGCGCGCGGCCCUACCAGUGCGCCGCGUGCGGCAAGGCGUUCGGCUGGCGCUCCACGCUGCUCAAACAUCGCAGCAGCCACAGCGGCGAGAAGCCACACCACUGCCCCGUGUGCGGCAAGGCCUUCGGCCACGGCUCGCUGCUGGCCCAGCACCUGCGCACGCACGGCGGCCCGCGGCCUCACAAGUGCCCGGUGUGCGCCAAGGGCUUCGGGCAGGGCUCGGCGCUGCUCAAGCACCUGCGCACGCACACGGGCGAGAGGCCCUACCCGUGCCCGCAGUGUGGCAAGGCCUUCGGCCAGAGCUCGGCGCUGCUCCAGCACCAGCGCACGCACACGGCCGAGCGCCCCUACCGCUGUCCCCACUGCGGCAAGGCGUUCGGCCAGAGCUCCAACUUGCAGCAUCACCUGCGCAUCCACACGGGCGAGCGGCCCUACGCGUGCCCCCACUGCUCCAAGGCUUUCGGGCAGAGCUCGGCGCUGCUCCAGCACCUGCACGUGCACUCCGGAGAGCGCCCCUACCGCUGCCAGCUCUGUGGCAAGGCUUUCGGCCAAGCCUCCAGCCUCACCAAGCACAAGCGGGUGCACGAGGGCGCAGCAGCCGCCGCCGCCGCCGCCGCUGCCGCUGCCGCCGCUGCCGCCGGCCUGGGUCUCAGCCCUGCUUCGAUGUUGAGGCCCGGGCAGGUCUCCCUCCUGGGGCCUGAUGCUGUGUCUGUGCUGGGCUCUGGCCUGGGCCUCAGUCCUGGCCCCAGCUCUGGCCUGCGCCCUGACCCUGGCUCUGUGCUGGGCUCCCUCCCCAGUCCCAGCUCCAAACCCGGAUCUACCCCCACCCCCGAUCCUACCGAGUCUUCUGACCCCAAGCCCGGUCACCACGCCAAGCCUGACCCUGUGGCCAGCCCUGACCGCGGCUCUGAUCCCAGCCCUGCCUCGGAUCCUGUGCCCAGCCCAGACCCCAACCCUGAGUCCCACCCUGGCCCCUGCUCUCCCACCCAUGUCGCUGUCAGCCCAGCGCUCCCAACCGGCGAUAAUCCCGAGUGGGUGCAGCAGCAAGGGGCGCUGCUGGGGCCUGAUGGCUGAAGGGGACGCUGGCAACCACAGGGGGCCUGGGGAAGCUGUGUGUCGUGCACUUAGUAAAACCCUCCCAUUGCCUCCUG